UUGUAUUCUGUGUCUCUAGGUCUUAAAGCAAUGGCUCAUAUUUGGUAUGAAGUGAUACAGGAACUGCGCUACAGGUGGGAGAAUGGUAUAGCGUUACCAAGUUUAGGGAAGAGUCAUCCUGACAUGUCUUGUUGUCUCUUACAUCAGAAACUACAGAUGUUAAACAACUGUAUACUACACAAGAUAUCACAUGCUAAGAGACUCCACUACUCUCAGCUAUCAGGAGAGACUUCAGAAUCCAAACUCUCCCCUAGCCCUGAAGAGCAGAGCCCAACCUCUAGUCUCAGUUUUAGUCAGCGAAUACAAUGUCAGAUAUCAAGCGAGCAACAGCCACUCCCACAAACCCCUCCCUCAUCAACCGGGUAUCACAAGAGCACCAGCAGUGAUAGUGAUGAGGAGUUCUUUGAAGCUCAGGAGACCUUUGAAGAACACCAUAAGGAAGACUUUAGUACUUCUUCAGUGUCUUUGCUAGACUCAAUAACGAAAAAGCUUUUGGAGCAUAUAGUGCCUCAACUCUGCAUUUACUGUAAUCAAAUUUUGAUACCAUUAUUACUCAUUAAUUUUAAUCCAGGCUUAUCAUUUGGAGUCACUCAUCAGCCCAAUAUGCUUGAGUGAAGCCAGUAAAAGAUGGACACUAG